AUGUCCGCCGCCAUUACCACCUCCCUUCCACCUCCUUCAGCCCUCCAAAAUCUCAUCAACACGCAAACACCCACCCCCCUCGAAACCCCUCACCCCGCCUACCUUCACCAUCUCGCAACCACCAUCCUCCAAAACCUACAACUCCAACACGACUGGACCUCUCUGACCCUGCAUACCCAUUCUCCCCUCACCUCGCUGCCCCUUCCUCGGCCCCUCAUAUCUGGACUUCCUCCCCGCCGCGCCUACAUCCAUCCCGACGAACAAGUCGAGAUUCUCAAAGCUGAGCAUGAUACGGGAGAUUCUAUAGCACAGUUUCCCGAGCGCGAAUGGGUUUUACCGACGCAUUUGGAGGAGAAGUGGAGUCUGGCACGGUUUGCAGAGGUUUUUGAUGCCGUAGGGACGGUGCCUGAGGGAGAGGGGGCAGAUGGAGUGGAAGAGAGGGAGGAAGGGGAGGAUAUUGUGGGUGCGAAGUGGCAGGGGGAAAAUAGACAAAAGAGGAUCUUAUUGGCGACGUUGCAUGAUGAUAGUACCGUUGUGUACUAUAUCAUGCAUGAUGGUAUUGUGAAGCCGAGACAGAACUGA